AUGAAGAACUUCUCUGGCUUAGUCGUCUCCUGCCUCUUACUUAACAGCAGAUCCGUUAUAGCAAGCAGUGAUGAUCCAACUGCUGCAUUGGCAAUUGUGAACCAAGCUCGUCAAGCCAAAGGCGUGCAACCUCUCACCUGGGACCCCAACUUGAAAACCUACGCUCAACUUUGGGCAGAUGAGAUGGGAAGUGGGAGGCAGCCGUUUGAACACGCCCCGGCUUCAUAUCGCCCCAGCCAGGGAGAAAACUUGUAUGAACAGUCGGCCGGUCAGUGCGAUGCAGCUUACGACAACCCCCUUCAGACGGCAAUGCGUGCGUGGCUGUCGCAAGAGAGUUUGUAUACUGGUCAGCCGAUAACUACUGGGCACGAGCCAUGGCUGCAUUGGUCUCAGUGUAUGUGGUCUUCUACCACACGAAUUGGUUGUGCUCGUGCGUACAGCAUCUCUGAGCCGUACAAGUUCUUCGACGUCUGCCGAUUCGCUCCCGAAGGAAACAUAAACCGUUUUAGAGCCGUUUUGAAGGAGAAUGCCAGUUUGGACCAGGACGAGGAAUGCGGUCCCGCCAAAGGCCAAAUCUGA